GCCCAUCUCUGGAUUGAACUGGCACAGAACCAGCCGCCUAAUGAACACUUGUCGGCAUACCUCUCAUAAAUUGUUUAUUAUUUUGAUAAGCGAACGCGGAAUUGCGUAGAUUCGUGGGGAAGAUGGUCUUCAAGUGCCAGGAGGACAGUUUCCUGAAGCAGUUCAAGACGAAAAUCGUUAGUAGCGAGUUUGCCACCAUCGAUUGGACUGAUCCCAGUGGAAAGGUCGAGAAACUGAAGGGUUUUAAUGUGAUCUGCGAGAAUACGAUUCUAUUUCCCGAGGGCGGUGGUCAGCCCUGUGAUUACGGAACUUUAGGCGGAUUUCCCGUAAAGAAUGUCCAGAGAAAGGGCACUACGGCUGUUCAUUUUGUGGAGUCCUCAACUAGUUUCGAGCAGGAUGCCGAAGUUCUUCUAACACUAGACUACCAGAGAAGACUGGAUCACAUGCAACAGCAUUCAGGACAGCAUCUAAUCACCGCCUUGUUCGACAGGGAGUUCAAGUACGACACCACCUCCUGGUCCCUUGGAUCCAGUGUCUCCUACAUUCAAUUGAGUACGCCUCAUUUGAUUAGCCGCGAAUCACUGGACCUCAUCGAACGGCAAGCCAACGAUCUAAUUCGCGAGGGACGUGAAGUUACGGUGCUUCUUGUGGAUCCCGAGGUGGCGCAGGAGUUCCAGGAUGCCAGGGCACCAAGGGGACUGCCCAAGGAUCACGAGGGUCUGGCCAGGGUGGUGCGAAUCGAGGGCAUUGAGAGCAACAUGUGCUGCGGAACCCACGUCACGAAUAUCUCCCAGCUGCAGUGCAUUAAGCUGCUUUACGCCGAGAAGGUCAAGACAAACGUUUUGGUGCACUUUGUCGUGGGCGAGAGGGUGCUUGCAAAGCUUGGCGAGGUCUUUCAGCGCGAGCUGCAGCUCACCCAGGCAUUAAAAGGUGGGCCCGGCCAGCACUUGGAACUUGUCCAGAAGCUACAGCAAAAUGUGAAGGGCAGCCGGAAGUACUUCCAGCAGCUGCUUAAAGACUACGCCACCGCCGAAGCCGAGCGUCUGGCCGACCUGCCCAAAAAGGAUCGUCCGAAGUAUUUCUCUCUCCAUCGACGCGACGGCAUCGAGGUGGACUUUAUUAACACAUUCUUGCGGUUGGCUCCCGAGGGCAUCUUCUACUUUCUUACCGUUUCCGAGGGCGUUUCUGCUGGCAGCGGUGCCAAGGGACAUCUGGUGCUGCGCGGAGAUGCAGAAAUAGUCGGGAAACUUGGUCCCCAGUUCGUGGAAAUUCUCGAGGGCAAGGGAAACGGCAAUGAGGGCAGUUUCCAGGGAAAGAUCAACAACUUGGCUAGACUGCAGGACUGCCAAGAGCUGCUGGAGGCCCAGUUCAAACCAAAGAGGGUCGUCGAAGCCCCUCCUGCAAACGGAGCUCAGCUGGAGACAGAGGAAUAACGUAAAUUGGGAGUGGUCAAUUAUCUAAUAUUUGUAUACUACUAAAAUUCGAAAAUAAACAUUGCCUUUGUUUUAAAGCAAA